AGUAACGACAACGAUACGACAAGACGACCGCGACGCGUGUCUCUGUCGCAAACACGAAAACGCAUUUUAACUGCAUCCACCUCGUAUCUAACGGUCUCGAUCGAAUAGCGCGCAUUUUAUACGUACGUACAUACAGAGUGCGAUAAAACGAAUUAUAAUAUUAGUGCAAGUCAGCUAGCUGUAUGGGUACGAUUUCGCCGCACUGCCGCUCAGAUAGAACUCAAGAACGUCUCACUCACAGAUACGACGCUGCUGGUGCAUCUGCAGCUGCGGUGUUAUUAUAAAUAGUAAUUUUAAUAUUAACAGUAUCAACCACAGUGGUUUGCAUCGCGGUGAUGACGUGCGCGUUUCACUAAACGGUUGUCCGGUGCAGCGCGCCAACGACGACGACGCGAGCCGGCCAUUGCAUGUCGUACAUGUCGCCGAGGGACGUCGUCGGCGUCCGCGCCGCCGGCAGCAUCAGCCUGUCGCCCGGCAGUUGUAUGGAAGCACUCAGCGAGAGUUCGGCGUCAAGCGCGGCGGCCGCGGCGGGCGGCUCCGUCACCGUCUCCGACUUCCUGCAGACAAAGCGCAGCCUGUCGUUCUCGUCCGAACAGGUGUCGUGCAUGUGCGAGGCCCUCCAGCAGUCCGGUGACGUGGACAGGCUGGCCCGGUUUCUGUGGUACCUGCCACCGAGCGAACUGCUCCGCGGCCAAGAGACCGUCCUCCGGGCCAGGGCCCUAGUGGCGUUUCACAGGAACGCAUUCCACGAGCUGUAUGCCAUAUUGGAAAGCCAGAGCUUCGACUCGAGGCACCACUUGCAGCUCCAGCAGCUGUGGUUCAAGGCGCACUAUCUGGAAGCGGAGAAAAUCCGAGGUCGGUCGCUAGGAGCGGUGGACAAAUAUCGGCUGCGUAAGAAGUACCCUCUGCCGAAGACGAUAUGGGAUGGCGAGGAGACCGUGUACUGUUUCAAGGAGAAGUCAAGGAACGCGCUGAAAGACUGUUACCUGAAGAAUAGGUACCCGACACCCGACGAAAAACGUGAGCUGGCCCGGCGGACGGGCCUGACGCUCACGCAAGUCAGCAACUGGUUCAAGAAUCGGCGGCAACGUGACAGGACGCCCCAGCAGCACAGUGAUUUGCUGAGUAUAGGCAGUUCGGAUAGCAGAAACUAUGAAAUGGCUGACGUCCACGGUGUCAAGUCCAUGUGUUACCAGAGCGUGGCCUCGUCCACAGGUGGCGGGAAAAUCGGUUCUGUGGCAGCAGCCGCGGCUCUCAAAUCCGCCACGGCCACAGUGGUGGCCGGAUACCCAGCGUCCGACUCGGAAAUGUUCGCGUCCGACUAUCCGUCACACCACCUCCAUCACCAUCACCACCAUCCCCACCAACACCAUUACAGCAACAACAACAAUAACAUAAACAACAACAAUCAUCUCAGUCACCUCUACCACAAUCACCAUCACCAAAUGCUCCAGCCCAUACCACAAACUUCGGCCGCAUCGCAUUCAUAAUGACUUGAUGAUUAUUAAUUACUAUAAUAUAUAUUAUGUAUAUUGUAUACUAUAAUAUAGCAGUACCUUAUAAUAUUAUUAGGUGAUAGUAGAUAUAUAUUAGUAAGAAAAAAAAUACAAAACGGCAUAAAUUGUAUACAAACCCCAUUAUCUGUAUGAGGGUCAGUUGUGCAGUCUGUGAUUAAAGUUAAUCACAGUUUAACCGGCCGAAUUUGGCCGGUUAAAUAUCUGUUAUCAACUGAUUAAGCGUAAUCGGAGUUUAAUCACAGACUGUACAACUGGCCCUAAGUAUGAAUAUUAUUCAUUUUUUUUUUUAAUUGUUUAAAAAAAAAAAUCAUGUCAAACAUUAUAAUAUUAACAAAAUAUUCAGCGAGCCCGUGCGAUUUGUGGUCCGAACAAACGAACGCGUCCGUCAGUCGAUUUAAUCAACACGCUAACCAUUUGCAACCAGCAACAAGACAACUAUUAUAGUUAUUAUAAGUAUGAAUAAAAUAUAGUGAAUUAAUUCGAUCGAUAAUCGGGCAUUUUACAAAACUUUAAGUUUCGAAAGAGAUCCUAUUAGAUAUCUACUUUUUAAAACGGGGAUUAUGAAGCCCAUAUUCAUAUUAUCCACAUUUUUGUGCUGAUCUUGUACUAAAAACGCAUUUUUUGAAUUCCGGUGUCAAAACACAAUAUAUGUGCUAUCGCCUAGUGAACAUUUAUUUAUUUUUAAACUCGAUUUGACUAAUAUUUAGUUUCUGAAAUUCCGGAUGUCUAUCAUAUGUUUUUAAUAAAUCAAUUUAUAUAUUUUGAGGAUCUUUUAGCUUUUCUCAACUGUUUAGGUAAUAUUUAUUAUGCGUACCCCAUCAUACAUAAUAAUUUAUGCAGAUGGUUAUAAUAUUAUUAACAUUUAUUUGCAUUUAGCAAUACUUGUUGGCUAAUUUUAUUUUAUUUUGUUUAUAUUUAAAACUGACUUUUUUUAGACUUCAGUUAGAAUAAAAACAAUGAUAUUUUUACCCGUCAUACCUUUAACACAUAAAUGUAAUGUCAUAGUCAGUCUCAUAUAAUUCUACAAAUGGGCAUGGAAAUCCGAAAAUAUAAUUAGUAGAAAAUAGAAAUUAUGUCUGUAGGUAGUUACGCAUAUUUACAUGAACCAUAUACUGUUAUAAGAUUUAAAAAUAAUAACAAUAAAUGGAUAUCAUAUUAGUCAUACCUUGUUUUGAAGCUAUUGCCAGAUAACAGACAUAACUGUGCACAGCCAGACACACAUCUCAUUUAUAUCUGUUUCUUUUUCUGGCACGAUUAUUACUCGAUUCUACCUUACUCGUACGCAGUGAACAUAUACAGCAGAAGUAUAAUAAUUAUAUAAUAUAGCGUAAGAAAACGUAAAACGCUGCAACUAUUCUUCUUUAGACCAUAUUCUAUUACAAAUUAAAAAUAAUUUGACUGUAUACAAAUAUUAUACGAUAAUAGUCAUCCCGAAAAUAUUAUCAUCUUAAAAUGUGGCGUUAGAGAUGUUUAAACUUUUUCAAUAGAUUUCACGAAUUCGAUGUUUUUUUUUAAUUGUAAUAAUUUCGUUACCUUUACGUUACUUAUUAUAGAUUGACUGAGACAGUUAUAUUGUAGUGCCACACGACUUUACUAUAUUGACACUUACACGGGUAUUGCAUAGGUAACUAUUUAAAUCCCGAAAAGGGUCCGGUUCACACCCCUCCCCCAAAAAAACUUCAUAUAAUCACUAAAAAAUGUCUUAAUAUAAUCGUAAAAUAAAUUUAAAAAUUAUUAUCACAUUUAUUAAUUGUAUCAUUUAGUUACAACAUAAUUUUAAAAAUGUUCAAAACAUAAAUUAGCAAUAAUAUUAUGAAUUUUCAUUAAUGUCGUUUCUGUUUUUGACUCGACCUCCCCCCACAAAAAAAAUGUACACUUCAUUCUGCCGUGCUAUUUAACUUAUAAAAUUAACUAUACCAUAUAGGCUGACUGAGUGACAAAUGACAGAUAACUGCAGUAUUUUAAAUAACACCUAUACCUGCCUAUAUGUAUAUGAUAAAUUUGUUUCCAAUGUGCGCCAUAUAGUUCGCCGCAAUUAUAUACAAAUACGAGUAACGAUACAAUAUUGGCGUGUGCAAUCGAUUUGAAAAUAAUCAUUCUAUAAUAUAAGUAGGCAUAUUUUAUGUCAUAUAUAUAUUUAGGUGUACACUGUACAUGUGUGUGUGUGUGUGCGUGUACCUAUAAAUGAUUAAAAUAGUUUUUAUCGUUGUUACCUAGUUGAUUUAAUUGAAAUGCCAAAUACAUUUCGUAAGUGGUUAUAUAUUACAGUGUAUAUAAUAUAAUAAUACAUAAAUCGCAUAAAGUUAUAUCCGUUUAAAAUUAUAAUGUAUAAUGUUUUAUGGUAAUUUUAAAAUUAUUUUGUAUAUUUUUCGUUUCUAGACAAAUAUAAAUCCCGAAUUAGGUUUUUAGUUUCUCGCGCACUUUUAUAUAUGUAUGUAUUAGGUUAGGUUAAAUUACUACAAGUUGACUGAUGACGUCAAAAUAUCUGUUUUAAAUCUAAAUAUCGUAUAUACCUGGCUUUUAUCUCGAUGUAACACAGUUACAUGGCCUUGCAGGAAAUUAACUUAGUUCGUAUAAAAUAGAAUUAAAAGUUUCAAAAAAAGUCACAUGUCGUUGUUAUUUAGAAUACAUAUUUAGUAGGUAUAUUGAAAACCAAACAUUAAAUUGUAUUGUCGUAUAAAAAUAAUCACGUUAACCUGUAACGCGUUUGGAAAACAGAAACCUAGCUGGGUCCUAGCUAUACGUGUGCUGCUGCGGUGAUUAGAUCUAUUAUUAUAAUUAACCACAUAAAAUGAUUUUUUUACGGGGUGGCACCCGACCAUUUUUUUGUUAAUUUUUUAGUAGGUAUUGUAAAAUAGAAACGCCCGAGUGGUUGUAUCGAACGGGUAUUCGUAUUUUUAUUGUAUAUUAUUAUUAUUAUUAUGUACUGUACAAAUUGUUCUUGAAAUAAAAUACAA